CCUCUCAAACGACCGGGAUAGGCCAACCAACCCUGGGCUAUUCUGAGCCGCCCCGGAAACUACGGAUCGCCGUCACCGACGCCUCCGUGCAGAUCUCGCGGUACAUCAACGGCAGAUGUUUGUUGCGUCAGCACACGUACCUGUACAUCGAGAGGGCAGCACAAUACCCCAUUAGAACAAACGAGUAGUAUGUGUGGUAUACAGGAGGUAGGUAGGAAGGUAGGCAGAGACUCCCUUAAUCAAAAGUACCUAUACAUAUCACCUUUGGUCUGGCCCUAAAGUACCCGGUUAAGCUACCUGUACUUACAGGGGGUAGGUGACCUAACCUUAGGUACCUGAGUAGGUACCCAGGUGGGCGGCCGCCUUUCAUGCCGUUGGUUACAAGGCAUUUUCAUAGUCACUCUCCCCGCCUCUACCUCUUCUUCCGACCCUCCUCUGCUGCAGCCUUACGUCUGCGUCACCUCUAUCGAUGGCCCGUACGCUCCGAGAAUGCGACCGAGGCGGUAGGCAGGCCCUUGGGAAUCUCACGUUGCCACUUGGGGGCGACCGCGUACAUUGUCGGCCGCGCGGAUUCGUACGAUGUUGACAGGUCGGUUUUGCUCUUCCGGACCGCUCGGAGGAGCGCAGCCACCAGCCUAUCCCUCAUCAUUCGACUCCUUCUACCCUCUCCUUCCUAUUCUCCCUCCUUUCGACCUCACCGCUCCCACAAAGAUCAACCCGCAAUGGCGUCACCUCAGAGCAGGAUAGCCGAGUUGGCGGCCGUCGUGGCGACUCAUACCCAACGGAUCGACAGCUACCUCUCUGAGAAGGGGCUGCCGCCCCCGUCGUUCGAAGCCGACGGCCCCAAAGACCUUGGACUGCCGCCCGAUCUCGAACAAUCCCGCAGUCUGGUCCUCGACGCGAGCCAAGAACUCAAUGACCUCCUCCAGGGACCGCGGAAUCUACUCUUCAACCACGAGCACAAUCGCCUCCUCUAUCUCAAGCUCAUCUCGCGCUUCAAUCUCGCCCGCAAGGUACCCGUAGACGGGGAGAUCACCUUUUCGGACCUAGCAGCUACCAUCGGCAUCGAUUACGCGGCGCUAUGCCGUAUCCUGCGCUUCGGCAUCGCGUUCCGCGUCUUCAGGGAGCCGCGCCCCGGCGUGGUCGCCCACUCUGCCGCGUCUCGGCAGAUCGCGGAGGACGCGAACCUCGCCGACUGGGUCGGGGCUAACGUAGAUGAAAUGUGGCCGUCAGCGGAGAAAGUUGUCGACGCGCUAUCCAAAUGGCCCCUCGCUGAAGAGCCCAACCAAACUGGCUUCUCGCUGGCCAACGGGACGGACAAGCCUUUCUACCUCGAACUCUCCGAAGAUCCCGAGCGCGCGCGGCGUUUUGGCGGUGCCAUGAGCUUCUUCACGACCGGUCCAGGAUAUUCCUUGCAUCACCUGACGGACAAUUAUUCCUGGGAUUCGCUCGGCGCUGCCACCGUCGUCGAUGUAGGCGGAUCCCACGGUGACGCAGCCUUUGCCCUGGCCCGGAAAUACCCCAAGCUCCACCUAGUCGUGCAAGAGCUGCCCGAGGUGGUUGCAAACUCGAAAGAAGAAGCCGGCCUCGAUGUCAAGUUCUUAGCCCACGACUUCUUCGAGGAGCAGCCGGUCAAGGACGCCGACGUCUAUAUAUACCGUUGGAUCUUCCAUAACUGGCCUGACAAGUACUGCAUCAAGAUUCUCAAGGCUUUGAUCCCCGCUCUGAAGCGGGGCUCCCGGGUCCUCAUCAUGGACUUCGUGAUGCCACCUCCUUGCGUGCUCCCUAACAGCGUGGAGCGAAAGUUAAGAGCUAUGGAUGUCACGAUGCUCGAGAUAGGUAAUUCCAAGGAGCGUGACUUGGACGAGUGGAAAUCCCUCUUUGAACAGGCAGAUCAAAGAUUUGCCUUUAAAGGGGUCCAGCAACCGCCGGGUUCCAACCUAGCUAUCCUCGAGGCGGCGUGGGAGGGGUGAAAUGGGCAAUUCAUUAGAGAAUGAGGUACUUCUCACCGGUCCGCCGCCGGUUUGCGCAGCGUUUAGUCUUUAGCGGUCUAGGUCUGUCAUACAGGUUAAAUAUUGGAGUGUAGGCGACUGUUGGGGGUGUAUUAAAAGAGAGAUCUUUCGAAUUGAAGAAUGCUGGUCGUCGAUACGAUAGGCAACAUAUUCGUACUAUUGCUAUCAGAGGCGAAGCCCCCCCUCUCAAACACUGCCCAUUCUGUCCGCCGCCCAACUAGAUGGAACCGAUACGAUUUAACAGGUGCGGAUUUGCGAGC